AUGUCUUACUUCAAGACUGAAUAUCAGCGUUUCCUGGCUAGUCCCAGGUCUGCGAAAUUGGCCGAUGAUGUGUCCUUGAUCUAUGUUCCUACGACUACCAAGUUUGAACGGGCCGACAAUGUGAUUACCCAUGUGCUGAAGCAGGUUCAUGUGGUCAAGACCAAGUCAAACCAGAUCAUCAGCGCCAUUGAAGGGUCCGAGUCGCUAUGUUUGCAGAUGGAAACAACUCUUGAGUUCACGGAGGGUGGCGGGGCCUAUCUUCCCCAUCUCGACGAUAAUUUCCUGGCCGACCGUGUCGCGACCUUCCCCACGAUUCAUAUCGUCCACUUUGACGCCGAUCAACAGAUCAAGCAGAUCCAGAUCCACUGGGAGCAGGCCUCAUUGCUGAAACAAGUGGAGGUCAUUGGAGCGCGCGGACGUCAAUGGCCCAUCCGCGAUGGAAAGGACCAAGUUCGGUUCCUGAAGACUGCUGAGACAGCGCGUUCGGGACCCUCGCAGCCUGUGUCUCAGCAAACAACCACCAAGCUCCCUAACCGCUCCGCAUCCCCAGGAAAGCGUCGCAUUAAGGAUCCUUACUCUGCUGAAUCCCUUACCGAUCUCCUCUCGCCUAACAAGGAGUUGGCUGAACUCGAGUGCCGAGAGGAGACACCCAGACCCGCUUCUUCCAGCAAGAGAUAUAUAAAAGACCCCUAUGGCGCAGGUUCAUUGAACGAGAUUCUGUCCCCCACUAGACAAGCCCCUGCACCUGUGGCACCCUACGCACCAUCGCCUGGACGACCUCCCACACGCAACUUUAGCGAUAUCUUCAUGAAGGACGACCAUAUGCCAGACUCACCUUCGAAGCCGCAGCGCAGGGCUCCCCAGGUCGAAGAAGAGGAAAAGGAGGAGAAGGCUGCCACCGGGCCCGUGGACGAAGAUCGCCAUUUCUACAAGAGCGAUCCCCGAAAGUACAACCACUUCGAGAUUGGUGGCGACAAUUCUCAGCGCGAGAUCAAGGCGGAAGUCAAGGACGCUGUCUCUCACCACACAUCUCAUUGGGAGUUCGAUGACGUCGAGACUCCCGUGAAGAGUACGCGUCCCGCGCGCGGACAGGAAGUGUGCCACUUUGCCUUUGGAGAUGAAAAUGAUGGCUCUCCCCCAGCUAAGCUGAACGUGACCAAGCCGCGCCGCGAUGCGGAUCGUCAUUUCGACAUGAGUGAUGAGGAUGAGGAGGAUGACGGCCGCAUUAUCAGCUCGUUUGGAGGCCGCGGCCAGCGUCUUUACGAGAACCGCCUUUUCGAUGAUGGCGAACAGCCCCAGCUCUCCUCUUCGUCAACAACUGGCCAUGCCGCUAACCGCAAGAAGAACUUUGUUUCCCAGUUCGAGUUGGCGGACUCGCCUGUUUUCAAAGAGAACACCGAGCCCACCGAGAAACACGAUAAGGCUGUUAAGAUGAUGGAAUCUCACUGGGACAACUAUGACGAGCCAUCCCCUGAGCCGAAGAGGACUGCCACUGCAUUGCGCAAUCCUCUCACCCACAACCAGCCUAGCUGGAACCACGGAGAAGAGUAA